UUUUAUCAAGCUUGAUUUCUACGAGGGGCAAAUAUGUCGUCGGAGCUGUUUGGUAAGUUGGAGACUGAAGUUGAAAUCAACGCUCCGGCCGCCAAGUACCACGAACUCUUCACGCGCCGGCCACACCAUCUUUCCAAUAUCAGUCCCGAUAAAAUUCAGAGCUGUGAGUUACUUGAAGGUCAAUGGGGAGAUCUGGGUUCGGUCAUCUACUGGAAUUAUUGCUAUGAUGGGAAAACUACAGUGUCAACAGACUUGAUUGAAGCCGUAGACGACGAAAAGAAUUCUGUGACCUUCAAAGUCAUUGAUGGACCUCUUCUGGAGCACUACAAGAGCUUCAGGCUCAUUGUCGAAGCUACUCCGAAAGGUGAUCGGAACAGCUUGGUUCAUCUGAUUGUGGAAUAUGAAAAGCUUCACGACCAAGUUUCAGACCCGCAUAGCUUGCUCCAGUUUGUAGCUGAUCUCUCCAAAGAUAUGGGUGCUCACCUCAGUACUCAACCAUAAGCAAACACUAGCGUGUACAAUGAAAUAAGGAAUCUGGGUGCUGCUGUAGUUUACUAGCUGCAUAAUAAAAUUAAGAAUUGGAGCUAGCUAGUCAUGUCCUUCUCUAUCUGUUUCUCAUCAGAGAUCACUGACUACUGUGUAUCUCUAUAUCAUGUUUGGAAAAUUGGAACUUCUGUCCCUUUUAUAAUGUGUUUUAGCUCACUUAUUUAUACGGCUGGAUUGCAUUAAUAAUCAUCUUAGACAAUGUUUU